AUGGUAUCCCAGCUGAUCUCGCUCCUCGCUUGUGCGGGCCUCGCCUCCACCAACCCGGUCAUCUCGGUCAGGGCAGUCGCCUCCCUUGAUGAGUCCGCCGUUGCUGAGGCUCAACAACGUGACCACACCGCCACGAGGGCCUCGUCCAACAUCAACAUCAAAACUUCCGAUGGCAAAUGUCUCUCUGUCGACAAGCUCUCGGGUGACUUCCGGGCCAACUUGACCCCCAUCAAAGUUGCCCAAUGCGGCAAUGAGACAAACUCUCAAAUCUUCCCAUUCAGCCAGCCAGAAGGUCCUCAGUCAUUGCAGCCGCAGAACGCCCCAGGGCAGUGCCUGGCCGUCAAGGACAACACCCUGGACAUUUCUGACUGCAGUUCCGGAGAUUCAACACAAGAGUUUUCCUUCAGCACCCAACCAACUCGUGCCUCUGGCACUGCCGCAAGCAAGGUGCCUAGCAGCACCGGUGCUGCAGGUUCAGCCACGACUGCGACUGGUGUCGCAGGAGCCAACUCCACAGAGUCGGCUGCAGUCUCAGGCGCCGGCAACAAGAUUGAUCAGGCAGCGGCAGAAGAGGCCCAACAGCGUGAUGACACAGCCGUGCGAGCCGUCAGCAACACCAAGAUCCGUGCUCCCAAUGGACAGUGUCUCUCGGUGGAUCCUACAGCGGGCGACUUCAGGAUGAAUCUCAUUCCUGUUGCCUUCACAGACUGCACCAGUCCUACCACUUGGGACCUGAUUACUUCGGGCAAGCACAACGACGGCAGCGGUGGCGACGCCGCCCUGAUUGUGAGCACCGCCACCCAGGGCUGCAUCUCCUUUGACCCCCGGAGACAAGCUGGCGACCAAGUCACCUUGUUCUCCUGUGGCGGGAGAGCUGACGGGUCCGGCUUGACGAACCAGGGACAACUGUUUCCGUUUGCCGGGCAAAACAGCUUUGCGUUGACGCCGGUAAGCGAAGGCAACGAGACUUGUCUCAUUCCUGGAAAUGGAAGACUGGAAGCUGGACCUUGCCAGCAGCAGGAGAGUCUUUUUACUUUGGAAUCGUGA